CAGUGAGCAGAGCUAUCAAACCUUUUGCAGAGCCAGGACGCCCACCUGACUGGUUUUCCCAAAAGCACUGUGCAUCUCAGUAUUCAGAGCUCUUGGAGACUACAGAGACCCCUAAGAGAAAACGUGGUGAGAAGGGAGAAGUUGUGGAAACUGUGGAAGAUGUUAUUGUGCGGAAACUGACUGCAGAACGAGUUGAGGAGUUGAAGAAAAUUAUUAAAGAAACGCAGGAGAAAUACAGGCAGCUCAAGAAGGAUGCAGAGCUGAUCCAGGCCGGACACAUGGAUAACAGACUGGAGGAGCUAUGCAAUGAGAUUAUGAUAAAGAAAAAAAUGGAAGAGGAGGAGGCAGAAGUCAAGAGGAAGGCUACAGAUGCUGCUUAUCAGGCUCGUCAGGCCAUUAAGAAUCCACCACGACGAUUAACGGGUGUGAUGGUUCGCUCCCCUGCAGGCUCAACCUCCCCAGGGGGAGACUAUGCUCUGGGAGAUCUGUCUCAGCCCGCUGUGGACGAAGCCAGUCCAGGGGUCACUCCAGGGACAUUGCCCAGCACCCCAGUUGCCUCCUUCAUUGGAAUCCCUGACACCCCUCCAGGCUCUGCUCCCCUGGAUGCCCCCAUGACCCCAGUCACUGAUGAUUCACCCCAGAAAAAGAUGCUAGGACAGAAAGCAACUCCGCCUCCUUCCCCUCUGCUCUCAGAGCUGCUGAAGAAAGGCAGUCUCCUGCCCACAAGCCCCAGGCUGGUCGGUGAAAAUGAAAUGGCAGUGGCUUCUGGUCACAUGAACAGCUCAGGAGUCCUGCUGGAGGUAGGAAGCGUCCUUCCAGUGCUGCACAGUGGGGAAAUGCAGUCGGCACCUGGUGUUGUCCCUGCAUCUCCUGCUGCUUCAGAGCCUGUGUCGCAGGCAACCAUUGUCAUGAUGCCCACGCUGUCAGCACCAUCCGUUGUGCCACCAGCUGCAGCUCCAGAAAGCGUAGCCACAGUGAGCCAGCCAGAAGCCUGUGUUUCCAUGGAGGCAGUGUCUGAUUCCCAUACUGUGACAGUGUCCAUGGACAGCAGUGAAAUAUCCAUGAUCAUUGAUUCAAUCAAGAAAGAGUGCCUGGGUUCUGGGGCUGGCAGCACUGCAGGGUCUUCCAAAGAUCACUGCAUGGAUGGGAAAGAAGACCUGGAUUUGGCUGAGAAAAUGGAUAUUGCAGUGUCCUAUACAGGGGAAGAGCUGGACUUCGAUACUGUUGGAAAUAUUAUAGCCAUCAUUGAGGACAAGGUAGAUGACCACCCUGAAGUCCUGGACGCAGCAGUUGUUGAAGCUGCUCUGUCUUCUUUCUGUGAAGAUACUGACGACCCUCAGACUCUGCCUGGCCCGUGGGAACACGCAAUUCAUCAGGAGCACGAGAAACAGGCCCAGAUACCCCAAGUGACUGUGACUGUGAAGCAGGAGAGACUGGAGUGUGAGGAGCCAGAGACAAAGGGAAUUCGAGACCUAAUGGGCAUCGGAGAGCUGGGAUCAGAAAUAAAGCCAGAACCUGCAGAGCAGGAGCAGAAUCAGCUGAGCCCUGAGGAAACCAUACAAGCAAGUGCAAGAGUGACAGAAACACCAGAGCUUAGAAGCCAAGAGAUAGAAGAGGAUCAAAGAGCAGCUGUAGCAGCAGGAGAGACUUCUGAAAUUGAGAUAGAAUCGGCCAAGGGAGAAGACACAGUGCACAAUACAGUGAAGGCAGAGACCCCACCUGAUGAUGAUUCAUCCCCUCCACAAGUCCCAAAUGUGAGUGAAGACUCCUCACAGGCUGAUGUUCAGCACAAAUUUGAGCUGUCAGAGUCAAUGAAGGAGGAGGCCCAAGCCCUGUUUAGGAGUCAGAUGAAGGAUGGGCAGGGUGAAGAAGAUGAUGAGGAUGGUGCCAGUGAGGUUGCCAGUUUGGAGGAACCCAAAGAAGAAGAUCAGGGUGAGGGAUAUCUCUCAGAGAUGGAUAACGAACCCCCUGUGAGCGAGAGCGAUGAUGGCUUCAGUGUCCAUAACGCGCCUUUGCAGUCUCACGCGCUAGCUGACUCCAUCCCCAGCAGCCCGGCCUCCUCGCAGUUCUCAGUGUGCAGUGAGGACCAGGAAGCAAUACAGGCCCAGAAGAUCUGGAAGAAGGCCAUCAUGCUAGUUUGGAGAGCAGCAGCUAAUCACAGGUACGCCAAUGUCUUCCUACAGCCUGUAACUGACGAUAUAGCACCAGGCUACCACAGUAUUGUGCAGAGGCCAAUGGAUUUGUCUACCAUCAAAAAGAACAUUGAGAACGGGCUGAUACGAACCACAGCAGAGUUCCAGCGUGAUAUUAUGCUGAUGUUUCAAAAUGCAGUUAUGUACAACAGCUCUGACCAUGACGUGUACCACAUGGCUGUGGAGAUGCAGCGAGAUGUCCUGGAGCAGAUCCAGCAAUUUCUGGCCACACAACUGAUCAUGCAAACGUCGGAGUCCGGGAUCAGUGCAAAGAGCCUGCGCGGGCGAGACUCCACUCGCAAGCAGGAUGCUUCGGAGAAGGACGGUGGCACCAGAGGGCGUCGUUGUGCCAUCGAGGCAGACAUGAAGAUGAAGAAAUGAUGCUGCAGGCGGAUGGAAAAUCCCAGCACCUGGCAUCCAGAGCUGCAGUGCAAGCAAGAUGCUGUUGACAGCUGUUGGAGGAGGAAGAAAAGCUGCAGGUCCAUUUCUGGGACCUGGUCCACCUUCUUCACUUGCCCCUCUGGAAAGCAGUGUCUCAUCAGAAUGUGUAACCCAAAGAAGCUUCCCUGGAGAGGAAGACUAGCCCCCCUGCCCGUUUUAGGGCAGUCGUCUUGGGCUUCAUCAGUGUUCUGGUGUUAGCUAGUAACUGGUGGCUCGUAUGUACUGUAAUGUGAAGUGUACAGAUUUUUACUAGUGAUGUGUAAAUGUGUAUGUAUAUUAAAGUCUGGG